AUGAAUCCCGGCGGCUACACGGUGCAAGUCACUAAUCUCUCUCCCAGAGCCACGGAGGGCGAUGUCAGCGACUUCUUUUCCUUCUCCGGAGAAAUCGAGCACGUUGAGAUCGUCAGGUACCAAAAUUUAUUGCCGACAUGAUCCUGAGAAAAUAUUUCGAUAUGAAUAUAUUCUUGUUCAUUCUCUCCCCAUAUAGACUUGGAUCUUGGUUCUGUACAUCUAUCCUCACCCAUAUCCAUCGAGGCGAGGCAAUCGCAAAUACUCAUCGGUUACUGGUCGUUUUCCUUUCAUUCCCUCCUGACUCAUCCUCUUGGACGGACCACUCGACCUGCAGAUCCGGAGACUACGCUUCCACCGCGUACGUGACGUUCAGAGAAGCUCGCGCGUUGGAAACCGCAUGUUUGCUCACUGUAACUAUCCCGAAGCUGACUUAUAAAGGAGCUUACUUUCCUUUUUUAUUUCUAAAGAAAAAUAGUCGCAUGAUUUCAUCGUCCUCCGAGCUUCGGUGAUCUUGCAGUGAUCUUGAACUCCUUCCUGCUCGACUCUGUCGCAGGGGUCGAUGAUAGCAGAUCAAGUCGUCUGCAUAGAUCGAUGGGGGGACUACGAGUAUGGAGAUGACGACGGGCAUACGGUAAUUAGUCCAUCAGUUCUUCCGAAAAUGCUUUUAUGGAAAGAAGAAAAGUAUCGUCACAUUGAUUUUGAUUCUUCCGAAAUAUGGCAUCCUUGGACAGAAUUUCCACGCCAACGAGCUGUGCAUCACUCCGGGGAAGGCUGUGACGAUUACGCAGGAGGUAGUGAAGGCGAUGAUCGCAAUGGGGUACGUGCUGAGCACGGACGCCUUGAACAGGGCCAGGGCCUUCGACGAAACGCUCGGGUUGUCUGCGGCGGCGGCGGCGAAGAUCGCCGAGCUGGGCAUCCGGGUCGGCCUCACCGACAAGAUCACCGCCGGCGUGGAGACAUUUCGGUCGAUGGACGAGCAGUUACACCUGUCCGAAACGGCUACGACGGUGGUCACUGCCACCGGCCAGAUAGCCGCCGCCACCGGCCAUAUAGCCGUCGCCACCGGCCGGACGGCCGCCGCCGUGGGGAGCUCCAUUGUCAACAGCAGAUGCUUCGCUGCCGGAGCCCUGAUUGUCUCCGACGCCCUGCUUAAGGCCUCCAAGUAUGCCGCCGAUCUGGGCCACCGCGCCGGCAAGAACUGA